AUGGAACACUCGCGGCCAUAUGGUGGCCGAAAGCGAAUGUCGCUGGGCAAUAUUCUUGGUGAUCCUUUUGCGUUGGCAACCAUCUCCAUCUCUCUUCUUGCCUGGUUUAUUACUUUUAUUUCGUGCGUCAUCGCCCAAGUUCAGGCCAACAAGAAUAAGGGACUGCCUGACAAGGACAACCCCGACGGUAAUUUCCCUCCAUUCGCUUGGUGGGCUGUCGUUUACAGCUUGUUCCUUAUCGUUGGUGUUGUAAUAGUGGUCGCCAGCGAUGCUAUCCAAACAUACCACGUUGCUGUUACCGGUUAUUUGGCUGGAGGUAUGGUUCUGGUGACCUCUGGAGUCAACUCCCUCGUCUAUUCCAAGAAUGGGGCUAGAGAGGCCGCGGCUGCGGGCUUCAUACUCCUGUCCAUGGUAGUCAUUGUUUGGAUCUUUUACUUCGGCUCAACGCCUUCUUCAACACCGCGGGCAUUCUUGGAUUCAUUCGCGCUGUCCAAGGACUCCGGUGCGAUGCAUAACCAAGCAAUGAACGGCUAUGGUGGUACCGGCCGCCCUGAGACAUCCAACUCUGUGCAGCCGCCGCAGAUGUAUACAUCUGCCCAGCUUAAUGGUUUCGAGAACCCCUCACCCGUCGGUGGUGCAUCUCAGGCUCCAACUGCGCCCACGAUGCCAACAUAUGGCAACAACACGAUGCAGCCGAACAACAAGUCCAACGAUGAAGAGGUUCUCCCUCCCAUUGAUUACCCAUAUCAGGCCAAAGCCAUCUAUAGCUACGAGGCCAAUCCUUCAGAUGCGAACGAGAUUUCCUUCAGCAAGCAUGAAAUCCUGGAUGUAUCUGACGUCAGUGGACGGUGGUGGCAAGCCCGGAGACGGGGUACUAACGAAAUUGGCAUCGCUCCUAGCAACUAUCUCAUCCUAUUAUGA